GUUCGCCUCCGCGCCCCUGCUUCGACGAGCGAACGUUUUCAUCUUCAUCGACAGUCGCCAUCCAUCCGCCAUCGCCCAGUAGUAACGUGCAUUGACCUGCAAGGCGUCCAUCGCGUUUGGCAUCUCGGUGUUGUUGUUUCCGGCCGAUCUUUGACUUUCUCUAGAAACUACCUGUGCCAGUGCGCCCGCUGUGCCUCAUUGUUGUGUGCGACAGAUUGUUGCCACCUGGUGCUAGCGACGAUAGCGUUGAGAUAGACAAUAGGGACUGGGAAAGGCUAGCGAACGGUGAUUUCGCAGGUUCGAGGAAUUUCGAGGAUAUUUUUAAGGCUGGGCAUAGGAGGUGGAAUUGAGCAUUCUAUUCUACGGGCUGCUGCCGAGUGUACUCCUUACUGAUUUAGCCCGUUGAGUUGUUUGAACGGUUUGCGUUGAUUUGAUCUUUUUGAGGUACAAGAAGAAAUUUAAUACGUUUUUUAUUUGCCUGACAAAAAGUGCAAGCAAGUUGCAAAGAGCAAGGAAGAAAAAAAGAAGAACAAAUAUCACUUUUUACUACAGCUCCCAUCCUGAACACUUUGACAUCCGCAGUAGCGGACAGCAACAUCAUACGCAUCUUGAUAGGCAAUCACAUCGCCGCGCCCUUCUCGACAAGGCAUCUCUAUCUGCAUUGCCCUCAGCUCUGCUGUGCAAGUUGCGACCAUGGCAUCCUCAGUGUUUUUCAAGUUCAAAUCGCAGCGAGAGCCAACAAGAGUAGAAUUUGACGGAACUGGUAUCUCAGUCUUCGAGCUGAAGCGUGAAAUUAUUAUCAAGAGUGGCCUAGGUGACGGGACAGACUUUGAUCUCUUUAUCUAUACCGACGACAAUAGUGAAGAGUACGACGAUGACACCACUAUCAUCCCCCGAUCGACGACUGUCUUGGCCCGGCGCCAGCCAGCUAUGAAACCAGGUGCUGGCCGUGCAGCACGAUAUAUGUCUGGUAAAAUGCCUGUAGCAGCAAAGAAUGCUGGCAGAAAAGAGCAAGCGGCGAAGGCCGGAUUGGGCAAGACGGGUACUACCGCACUGAAUCAGAUGUCCUCAGCCAUGACUGAAGAGGAUAAAAUGGCUGCCAUGUUUGCUGCCCAAACUGAACAGUGGUCAGUACAGCAGGAGGAACUCUCUCAUCAAGCGCCAGUCUUCAAGCCAGGGGCGAAACGGCCUGCCAAUGUCCCAGAUCAUGAGCCGCCAAAUGGUUAUAUUUGCUAUCGAUGUGGGCAAAAGGGCCACUGGAUCCAGCUUUGUCCAACAAAUGACGACCCAGACUUUGAUAAUCGUCCACGUGUCAAGAGGACUACGGGUAUCCCGCGAUCCUUUUUGAAAACAGUUGAUAAAUCAGUAGUGAUGGCACAAACUGAAGGCGAUGAAUCCAAACGGCCUGCCGGCAUCAUGGUUAAUGCUGAGGGCGAUUUUGUAAUUGCUGAGCCAGACAAAGCUUCGUGGGAGCGCUUCCAGGCGAAAACAAAAUCUUCUUCAAAUGCGAAAGAUGACAUGGCGACUAAAGAAAUUCAGGAUCGUGGCUUAGAAUGCCCCAUAGAUAAGAAGAUGUUGAUCGAACCAACGAAAGCUCCUUGCUGCCAGAAAACAUUCUGCAAUGAUUGCAUCACAAAUGCAUUGAUGGAGAGUGAUUUUGUUUGCCCGAUCUGCCAAACCGAAGGAGUCUUACUUGACGACUUAGAACCCGACUUGGAGUCAGCCAAGAAGAUCCAAGAAUUCAUCAAGGAGAAGGAGCUCGAGAAGGAGGCUGCUGCUGAUGCCGCAAAGGAGGCUGCUCAGGAAAGCUCAAUUGUUUCCCCCAAACCAGAAGACAAGUCUGAUACCACCGACCCUACAACAGCCACUGAAUUAGUCGACAAACCAGCUGUCGUAGAAGACAGCCAAAACAAACAUUCUACCGAAGAAACCACCACAGAUGCUGUGGAAAAGUCUGAAAAAGCAGAAGGACAGCCAGUAGAGGCGGCUACCGCACCUGUAACAUCACCAUCUCCCAAGUCCGACGACACGUCACAAGCCAAAGCUGCACCAGAGGCGCCUCAGGCGAUUUCAAAGAAACGAGCGGCUGAUGAUGCUCUGGAAAAUCCGAAGAUACCCAAAGGGCCUCGAGCAAUGCAGAACCAAACCGGUCAAAAUCAGAUGAACAUGAUGAAUGGUAUGCCCAUGAAUGGUAUGGGCAUGAACAACAUGAUGUUUAAUGGUAUGCCAAUGAUGCCCAAUAUGAUGGGUAUGCCCAAUAUGAACAUGGGUAUGAACAUGAUGGGUAUGCCUAAUAUGAAUAUGAUGGGUAUGCCGAUGAUGGGCAUGCCUGGGUUUGGAAAUAUGAAUGGCGGUUUUGGUAAUGCUAUGAACAAUUGGGGCAUGAACAACAUGAAUGGGAUGGGCAUGGGUAUGCCUAAUAUGAACAUGAAUAUGAACAAUGGUGGCAACAACUUCAACAAUAAUAAUAAUAACGGCAACAACGGCAAUGGCAAUUAUAACAAUUACGGGGGUAACCAACGGCCACCCCAACAGUCUCAACAGCAAGGCGAAGAGGACGACGGCGGUGCCUAUUUCCGCAACCCUGUGAAUCCUCAGCGUUUCCAAAGCAAGCAGCGCCGUGUGCGCCCAAGCGAUUACACCGAGCUGUAGAUUAUUAAAGGCAGGGUAAAUGUUAGCUUUGGGAGAAGGGGGUUCACGUUUGUGGUACUGUGCUGGGCAUUGAAGGGCAUCAUCAUGCAUCUAUUGGCGUUUUUCUCUAUUUGUUUUGUAGAAGCUAUGAGCGGCUGGCUUCAUAGCUUAGUUUAAAUAUCAAAGCCUCAAUGUAUUAAAUUCGAUUU